UAAAUAACGCGCUUAAAAGCUUUCAUUACGGCAGCUGGUAUUAUAACAAACGAUAGCAGAUAUAACGUUCAAAGUCAGAAUAAUUGAGAUAAAAUUAAGGUUAUCAUAAAAAGUUAUUUGUUUAUUUUGUUUUUCUUUGAAUGAAUAAAUAUAUUGGUUAGAAAACCUAUCGUUUAUAAAAAGAAGGCUAGAAGUUAUUUGGAAGUUUGCCAUUUAUAUAUUUAAAAAACACAAAAGCGUUUAUAAAGGCUUAAAAAGCUAUGAGUUCAAUGCAACACAAACAGUUAGCGAAUGAGCACGUUACUUCUCAAAGCGCUUCAGCAAUCAACCAAACUAGCGCUUUACAACAAAAUGGCCAUUAUGAAAAUAGAACUCAAGUUACAUUAGAAUCGAAUGACAUUAAAAGUGAACCAGACAAUAAAAUAAAAAAUGACGAAUCGACAAAAAUAAAACGACCAAUGAAUCCGUUUAUGAUAUUUGGAUGUGAAAAACGUAGAAAACUUGCACAAGUUCACCCUCGCAUGCACAACUCGGAGAUUUCAAAAAUACUUGGAGCUGAAUGGAAACGUAUGAGUGACUACGAAAAAUCGCCUUAUAUUCAGGAAGCAAAACGCUUAAAAGAACAACAUAGCAUAGAGUAUCCAAAUUACAAGUUCAAAGCAAAUAGACGUAAGCCUCGUCAAGCCAUAAAAAAAGAGAGGCCGUCGUUUCCAUAUGCUGCGGACAUUAACACAAUUCCUCCUGCCAUGAAAUUCCCUUAUCCCAGUCCUUUUUUUCAAGACUCAAUGUAUGGCACAAUGUACCCAGUAAUGGGCAACAGCAACCAUCCUGCUUAUUCAAGUAUGUAUAGUGAUUUUGCCCGUCAGUCAAUGUCUUCAACUGGAGUCUUAAGAACUGGUUCAGCAGCUCCAACUACCACUCCUUCAGCUGCCGAUUACUAUUCGUUAAACAAAAAUGCAAGCCCUAUUGCUGCUGGAAACGAUUACUACGGGGCAGUUUCAAGCAAAAACGAAUACUAUUCCGGUUUGCAUUCAUCGACUGCCGAAACAAGGGCAGAAAGAUCUUCGAGUGGUAGCGGAGCGGAUAUAAUUAAUCUUUCAGACAGAUACCCUUCGUCUGAAAGCCGGCAGUUUGAAAAUCGGUAUGCUAGUUCGUUUAUUGGAGGACCAGGAGUCAGUGGUAGCUCCGUAGUUGUGCCAACAUAUACUUCUAUUCAAAACAUUCCUCAUAUUAAUACAGAAAGUCCUGCUGCCUAUUCGUACUCAUCGCUUUAUGAGCAAAGGCAUUAAACUGCACCCACAUUUACACUUAGUAAUAAGAUUUGCCAAAAUCUGAUUCGAAAUAAUAUAUUUCCGAAAUUAAAGGCUUCCUUGCAGCUUUCCUGUAAUGCAAGGAUCCCACUGUAAUUCGAAAGAAACAUUUGGCGAUUAACAGUUAUAUACAGAGUGUUCACGCGCAAACAGAGAAUUUUCAACUGUUUAUUUGUUCGCAUGGACGAUUGACAAUAGAAUUUUGAAAUUUUUUUAUUCUUAGUUUAAAACUAAGUUACUUGUCAAGAAAUGUCUUGAAAAUUGAAAAUUUAACAACUUAACUUAUUCUUCUGAAAGAAAAUGUGCUAUGUUUCCUA